GAAGCAUCGUCGUGAGUUGUACACUCGCCUCGCAUACGGCUGACCGAAGAGUCGGAGAAAGAAAAUUUUCAUGGCAGCAGUGUCAGUGAAGCGGAGAUGUCAAGUGCUGUCUAGUUUUUCGCAAACUUCUGGUGAAAUUGUGAAUCCCGCAACCGGAGACGCGAUACUCCUGCCAGUCAAUGAUGUAAUACAUCGAUCAGCAGAAAAUUUACCCCGGAAAUAAGUGAAUACGGUACAGUAAUACGCUAAAGUUAUUCGUCAGUGCCAAGUGUUUUCCUGAAGAACCAUCGUUUUUCACAAUUGCCUGGACUGUUCCCCCCUAGCGGAGUGGCCUGGGGUUUGAAUUUGCGUGAGUGCGACAAAAAUCAAUUUUGGAAAGCAGAAAAAAGGUCGAUAAAACUGGGUGUGUGUUGGUAGAUCGGAUAAGAAUAAUAAUUUCGCAGUAUCGAGUGUUGUUGAUUAUUUUGAUUGGUUUUAUGAAGGAGAGUAGUAAUAUCUUAAUUGAGAAGAAAAAGUUCGAUAGAAGUGAAUUAGCAAUUGCCCACAUGAAGGGCGAUUCAAUUCAAUGAGCAUAGUGUAUUUUUAUCGCUCAAGCAGUAAUCCGGUUUUGUGUUCACAAAGAAGAUGCUGGGAGAAAACUAAUGAAGGAAAUGCCAAAGUGCACUCGAAUAUUAUGAUUAUUAUAUGCAUCAGUUUGUGCCUAUCUGAAAAAUGAUUAUUAUAUUGGUAUGAGAACAUGUGCAAAAAUAGUGAAUACAGAAACGAAACAUGCCUCUAUACUUACGUUGUUAUCCAAUAUCGCAACCCGUACAGCCAAUCGAUUACUUGUACUGAAGAAGAUUGCUUUGGACCUUACGCUACCAUGUGAGAAUGAUGUAAAUUAGUGCCAUCACUGUAACUGGAGAAACUCCCACGCGAAGCUGUUCCGCACGAUCGUAAAUCACAUCGUCUUUGCUGCUGCUGCGGACGGCAGCUGAAAUACCGAAAAAGGAUUUGCUGUUCAUUUGAAAGGAAAAAAAAUAAAUCAGUGCCCGCUAGAAUACGGAGAUCGACGGGAGUUACCUGAUUCAACGCAGCACUUCUAGUUUGAGAACAACAACCGAUGUAGCCGCUUCUCGAGUGGAGUAGUUUUCGGGAGCCCGCAAUUUCGUGUCGAAAGUGUGUACGGAAUGACCCAUUAGCAACCCGUUUGCUGACGCUAGUCUAGUGUGUUUGGGAGGAAGCAAACCUCUAUCGUUUAGGACCUACUGCGAUUCGCACGUUCUCGUUAUUUGUUGUUUCUAUUGGAGGAUGUGCAAACGAAUUAACCAACAAAGGCGCACGACCCCAAGUGUGUGAACGAACGAUCAACAUUUUGACAGAGAUCGAAUUGUUUGACCAACCGCGCACCGCCUGCCUGUGAAGAAAGGCCUCAGGCAAGGGAACGAAAGUGUGGAGGAGGCGAGCCGCAGUAGAUGAAAUAGUUGCUGCCGCCGAUAUGACUAAGCGGGCAAGUACGCUCGUUUAAAUGGAUCGAGUUUGGAGAAUCAAUUAGGAAACGAAUAAAUAACUGCUGGUGUGACGCUUGGCGGGGAGCAAAGUCCAACAGCAAUAUGUCUUCAUCGGCGAAUGGUGAAAUAGCCAACGGUAAAAUGAAUACUGAUGACAUCUACGAAAAUUUGCCAUGCCAUGAGCGAAUGCGGAACGGCGCCGGGGGUGACAGCGACGAGGGCAGCGGUGUAACACCAAAUGUAGCUUCCACGGUGAAUGAUGAGUGCGCCUCGGGGGGAUUUACUGUCGAUCAGCAGCAGCAGCAGCGAGCUACGGAAAAUAACAACAAAAUUCAUAACAAUUUGGCCAUGAAUAGUAAGGAUAGUUUGUAUGCUACACCACUGAAAAGGUCUGACCGGCCAAAACUGCAGCAGGGGGCAACCCCCAAGGGACGUCCGCCAGUGGCAACGGCGGUGGUGACGCGUGCCAUGGCUGCUACCAAUUUGGAUGACAAUUUGAACAAUAGCACUGGAAGUGGAUCGUCACUGACGACAGCGGAUCGUGAUGUGAAAAUAAUCAACGCAGAACUGGAGGAUCGUCGCAUACGAGACUUUCUUAAAGAUACUAGCCAAAUGCAUAAAAAGAUUGAACUGAACAAGGAGUAUCAAACGUCGAAUUUUUCCUACUUGGCCAGGAAGGAACAUUUUGUGAAUUUAGUGCAUCAGAAUGUGCUCAACGACUCGUUAAAUGGAGGUACUACUCAGUCGGAAAGCAUCGAUGAAUCUCUGCUUGGCUAUAAGACUUUAGCUAAUGAAGAAGAAGGGAAAAACUUAGAUGUGGACAUCAAUGAAUCACUGGAUCAGCUGGAAAUAAAAUGCAACGAAAAACUAGAAAUGCUUACUAACCUACACCGGAACCGAUCGACAGAAAGAAGCCAAGAAGAUAACGAGCAGUUAGAUAUUGAUCAACCACCAUCGCUGAAUCCACCACCGAAUCAAAAAAUAGCAGUGAAUACCCAGCCCAUCAAUGGCAAAACAUCAAUUCAGAAUAGUCUCGGUGGUGGAAACGUCAGGCUACCGGAAGCAUCAAUCAGCGCCUAUCUGAAUCGUGAAUGGGUUUUGAAAAAGAUUGCCAUGUGCCUGGAGCAACGAGCUUCUAAGAAACCAAUUCCCAUUCCGCCUGGGGCAGAUCCGGGCGAGUGUGUCCCAUCGUCAACGUCAGCUUUCUUCCCACGGGCAACUUCUACCCAUCAAGCAGCCAAUCGAGCCGUAGAUUUACCCUCACUUGGCUAUCUGGUCCUCGGAUCUAACGGUUCCGGAAAAACCUCCAUCUGUAACGACAUCAUCGAAGGCAGUGCCGGCACCAAGGGUAUGCUAAAUAGACGGCUACUAGCGUGUUACUUUGUCAACUCGCAAAAUCCCGAGUGUCACAGUCUCAGUAUGUUUAUCCGAAGUAUUAUUCUUCAGAUUCUGAGUCAUUCGAGCCUUGUAGGAAGCACUGCGGUUGCUGCAGUUGCCGCCACCAUAACAGUCGCCUCAAACGAUCUUACUGGUGGAGAUGAACCGAAAGAACCAUCAGUCAUUGGGAGUAACGAUGCUUUGCCGGAAGCUGAUCAACAGCAAUUAGCGGCUGAGAGGAACAAAGCGAAAGGGGAAGAAAAAGAUGUCGAAUAUGAUAAGGAGCUAGAGGACGUAAUUCUCUCGGAAAUCAAAUUAAACGAACGGGUCGCUGAAUUCUGUUCCAAAAAGAAAGUCAUUCGGCAACAGUCAGAACCAGUUGAAAGCUUAAGUCGUGAUAAAGAAUUGUCUAACUAUCCCUACACAACACACCCUCCGCUGUUGAAGAAUGUGCCUGGGAAAGAAAGCUCUGAAAAACGGGACAAUGUUAUAAGUCCCAGCAAGACGAGGGCUUCGAAGAUUCCUGUAGCCAUCGGAAGUAGUAUUCGCUCUCCAACGAAGGCGACCAUCCCGAAGGAAAAUCCUAAACCGGAGGUUGAAGAGGAAGAACUGCUGGAUGGCGCUGGCGACUGUAUUGCAGACAUUUCCGAUAUUAAAUUAGAUGACGAAAUAGCACGAGAAAUCAGUGAAGAUGUCACAGUGGAGAUAAUAGAACGGGAAGAAGUCACUGAAAAAGUUACAGAACCUACUAAACCAGCAGAAAGUAAUCCACCAUCAUCGGAAACGAUUACGGCGGACGGAAACAUUCCUCCACCGCUGCCGAAGUCGAAAAAUUGUCGGCAGAUCAUUGCCGACGGAUACUACGAGAUGCUGCUCAGUAAUCCGGACAUUUUCGAGUCAAUCACGGUGGACAGUAUCGAGAAAAAUCCGGAUGACUGUUUCAAGAAAGCAAUACUGUUUCCCCUGUUGGAACUGAGCCCACCCAAAAAUGCCUUGCUGCUGUUGAUAGACUCAAUCGAUGAAAACUACAUUCAAGAUGGCAAUCUGAUUUCAACGUUGAAGGGGAAACAGAUCACCAAGAGUCGGAACAUUGCCGAGCUACUUUCCAACCACAUCCACUUGAUGCCCAAGUGGUUGUUUAUGGUUUGUACAGCGAAGAAGCAAAACAAAAACAUUACCAAACUGUUCACCGGUUUCAAGAAGCUAACGCUGGACGACCUGCGCAAAAGCCACGUCGUCAAGGAUGUCCAACAGUAUAUUAUCAAUAGACUGAACACGGAUUUCCGUGGCAUCAAUCUGACCAAAGAUAUAAUUGAAAGUCUGAAUCAGCUCUACAUCAAGUCGAACGGUUGUCUGCUCUAUCUGUUCAAGGUACUGACCGGGAUCAAGGAGAACUUUUUCACGUUCAGGGAAAUUAAACUGAUUCCUUGCACACUGAACGGCCUUUACUUGUACAUUUGUCAAAAGUCGUUCAAUAAAAAACAGUACAACAAAAUUCGACCAAUCCUAAAUGUUCUGCUGGUGUGCAACAACUACGUGGAUAAGUACUUUCUGUACAACUGUCUACGAACCCACAACUACACGCUGGACAUGGAAGAGUUCGAAAAACGGCUAGAUCUCAUGCGUAACAUUGUUGAAUACAGCCCACGCAACUCGUACGCCCUGAAAAUCUUCCACAAUUCCUUCUGCGAUUGGUUAAUAGAUGUAAAGUUCUCGACCAAGAAGUUUCUAUGCGAUCUCAACGAAGGCCACGUUAUGGUUUCGAUGUACUAUACUAUGGUUGCCGAUCAACUGUGCCCGAACAAGUUACGACUUUAUCUGUACCAUCUAAUCAAAACCGGCGAGUACCUAACCAAUAAAAACAUUAACCUAGAUCUGCUGCUAAUCCUGCUGGAAACGAAAUCAAACCUCAGCGACUGUUUCUAUACGAAUCUCCUCAACUGCUGUGCUCUGUGCGAAGAUGAAUGUAAAAACGAUGUGAACUUGGCGUCAAGAACGCGAGUAAUGCUGGAACGUUAUCUGAAUGCGGAACUGAACGAAGAAUUCCUUGGCUUUUUGAACGAUUUCUUCAAACCGAAUCUACCAACCGACUGCAAGGUUCUCAAGCUGCUAAUCGAAACCGGUAUCAACAACGCCGAUACGGUCCUGUCCUGUGAGUCAUCGGCCAUCAACUCACCGGUGUUAUCCGAUCGUUCCCAGAACAUCGACUCGGAACUGGCAGAGCUGUUGAUAUCGAGUGAGAAAAGCUGCCAACAGGAACUACAAAAGUCGAUCAAUUUGGUGGAUAUUCAAUAUGGUAUCAUCGGUGGUGGUGGUGCUGGAACUGGACUGGUAGUCGGCUGCAACAGUUCUUCUGUGGCAAUGGCGGUGGAUCGCUUCGAUGGUCAUGAAGUGGAUCGUUGCGAAAGUGCGAUUAUUGGAGAGGGAAGUGCCAUUGGUGACUCGAAAUCGGAUAUCCAGAACGAUCGGGUGCAGUACGAUAUGUUCGAUUCGGAGCUGCACAAAGGGAAAGCUUUGAUCCAUAUACUGGCGAACGAGGGUAACCACACGCUGCUGGAAAGGGCGUUGAAUGCCUGUAAGGAUCCGAUCGAUUUGGAAAUCGAAGAUUUGAAUGGCCAAACGGCGCUCAACAUUGCCGCGCGUAAUGGUCACAUUGAGAUAGUGAAAUUGCUGCUGCAAUACAAACAACCGCUGAACGAUGGAACGGGUCGUUUCCGGAAGAUCGACGUAAACCACGCUGAUCGUGACGGCUGGACUCCAUUACGGUCGGCCUCCUGGGGUGGCCACACGGAUGUAGUUAAGCUGCUAAUCGAGAGUGGUGCUUGUGCUAUUGAUCGAGCGGACAAAGAGGGACGUACUGCGCUGAGGGCUGCCGCGUGGAGCGGGAAUGAGGAUAUUGUAAAGAUUUUGAUUGAAGCGGGUGCGAAUGUUAACUCUAUUGACAAGCAGGGGCGAACGUCACUGAUUGCGGCUUCGUACAUGGGGCACUACGAUAUAGUCGAAAUAUUGCUGGAGAAUGGUGCGGAUGUAAAUCAUACGGAUCUGGAUGGAAGAAAUGCGCUUUGCGUAGCUGCUCUUUGCGGUAGCUCCGGUUAUAGUAAGGUGAUAUCGACUCUACUGGAAUAUGGGGCUAAUACGGAUCAGACAGAUAAUGAAGGGAUGUCACCUUUGCUGGUUAGUUCGUUCGAAGGAAAUUCUGAAAUUUGUGAGCUACUGUUGGAGAAUGGAGCUGACCCGGAUAUGGCUGAUAAUAUGGGUAGGACACCACUUUGGGCAGCCUGUACUUCCGGACACGCCCAUGUCGUAAAAUUGCUAUUGUUUUGGGGCUGUGGUAUAGAUUGUAUGGACUCGGAAGGUCGUACGGUUCUUAGUGUUGCUGCAGCACAGGGUAACCUAGAGACUGUUCGUCAGCUGCUGGAUCGUGGUUUGGAUGAAACGCACCGUGACAAUGCAGGAUGGACACCGCUGCAUUACGCAGCAUUUGAAGGUUACGCUGAUAUUUGUAUUCAAUUGCUAGAAUCAGGCGCUAAAAUAGACGAGUGUGACAACGAAGGUAAAGCGGCACUACACUUGGCCGCCCAGGAAGGCCACAAUGCAGUCCUGGAGGCUAUUUUGAACAUUCAUCGGCCUUGUAUUGAUCAACGAGCACACGAUGGAAAGACGGCAUUUAGAUUGGCCUGUCUCGAGGGCCACUUUGAGUGCGUUCAGACGCUGCUUAAGUUCGGUUGCGACGUUAACUCCAAAGAUGCCGAUUCACGUACAACUUUGUACAUAUUGGCGUUGGAAAAUAAGCUUAAGGUUGUUAAGUUCCUCUUGGAAUAUUCGAACGCAGAUGUAAACAUUCCGGACGGUGAAGGACGCUCGGCACUGCAUGUAGCUUCCUGGCAGGGACAUGCUGAAAUGGUGAAGCUGCUUAUUACGUUGGGUAAUGCCGACGUGAACGCGAUGGAUCUCGAGUCGAGAACUCCGCUGCAUUCCUGCGCCUGGCAGGGCAACCACGAAGUCAUGCAGUUACUGUUGUACUACGGUGCUAUUCCGGAUCAUGCUUGCAAGCAGGGCGCGACGGCUUUGGGGAUAUCUGCCCAGGAAGGACACGAAAAGUGUGUUACUUAUUUGCUCAAAUACGGCGCUAAUCCGUACAAAUCGGACCACUGUGGCCGAACACCAAUCAAAUUGGCGGCCAAAUCGAAUCGAAACAACGUGCUAAGGAUACUGGAAAGUUACACCAAAAACGACUUAGACGGAGGCAAAAUGGUUCAGCAGAAUUUGAAUCUGAAAUCCCCCGAUGAACUGCCGCCAUCAUCCGCACUACACAAUCCGUCGCCUUCGGGACCGGGUUUGUUGAUGCCGAACAACUCGCUGAGUGCCGCAACGAAUUCCACGCAGAAUAGCAACUUUUACGAAAACACUAUGCAAUCCGAUAAUAGCAGUCUGCAGAAGCGGAAGAGUGUCAUUUCUAGUCAAUCUACUGGUAGCAGUAAUGAGCAAGCGCCAAUGUCUUUCACGCAGCAGCUGCAAAAACACUCGCGCCAUCACAACUCCAAAUCGCACCACAUUGUACAGCAGCAGCAUCAACCGCACAAUCAAGCGGCAGCUGGAGCAAUAUCGACCAAUGCUAGCAGCAGUAAGUACGGUGGUUCCAAGAAGCACGCCCAGAUCCUACCGAACGUCGAAGAGUACCAGUCAAAUAUAGCUACCAACAUUCGAAUGAACCCGAACGACGCCGACCUGUUUGACCUGGGUUGCAUGUCACCGUUGUACGCGACACCACCGCACUCACCGAGCAGUGACAUCAGUUCGCCGGGACAAAAUCAACCGCCAUCGUCGCUGGCCCAGCUCGGUAAGCAGUUCGAGGAGAUGAACAUCAGCCUUUCGAACAAUAGUACGAUCAUGAAUCCAUCGGAUAACCACUUCGCUCGGGAUACUCACAUGAGAAUCAUUCUGGGAAACAAUCAGAAGGAUCAGUUACAGGGAGGAAAAUCAUCCAAACGUAGCGGUAUUGCGACCAACCCAGCUAUGCGGCUGAUACGUAACCGGAUCGAUUCGGCGGCACAGUUGAUUCGACGUACGAACAAUAUACUGAGCAGCGGUGGUAGCGGCCAAGGUUCUUCUAGCAUCGGUGUCAAGUCCGGUACGUUUCAGUGGCGAAAGGAGAGUCAGAUGUAAAAAAAAAGAACAGACACACACGCAGGGAGUAUAACAGAUUUACCUACACCAAUCAGUAACUAGUAAACAACGCCAUACUGCGCUAUAGUUUUUUGUUGUUGUUUGGUAAGUUUGGUAGUAUUUAAGGUUAGUUCGAUUGUCGCCAUAAUCAACCACAGUGAGUGAGGCAACGGAAAGAACAUAGGUACGGCUGGAACAGAACAUGCUAAACAAUCAAUAGGAAAGGGGCGAAAAUUAACGAAUGUAGUAGCCAACGCUCAGAACCAUAGCCAGAUGCACCAAUCAUGUUGUGAACACACUGCUCUCUAGCCGUUAGUGCGUAGCGAUGAACUCUUGCU